AUGUUUGGCCGCUUGUGCAUGGGGGCGUAUGGCCUGAUCCUUGCAGUGAACAUGCUAUGGGCUGCUGGCCUUAUGAAACUGAUCAGCGUAUUCCCAAUGGAGAAGAGGAAAUACGAAUCCGUGUGCUUGGUGCUGGUGCAGGUGUGUUGGAAGAUUGCCCUAUUCUUCGCACCAUGGAUUGGAACGACCUAUGCUGAUGGGACCGCUGAUGAGUGGAAACUAAUGCUCAAGAAGAUGGAGGAGCAGGAUGGUCGUGUUCAAGCUGGACAAGACUCGCAUCACCCAUUGAUGAUUCUAGGCAACCAUGCCUCCUUCCUGGAUGUGAUCCUGGCAGUAGUCUCGUUGCCUUUGCCAGUUAUGCGGAGAUGCCGAACCUAUAUGGAUGCACAUCUCUUCAACCUCCCUGUGUUGGCCACAAUUUGUCGCGCAGUUGGGCACUUUCCGGUGUACUUCACCAGCAGCAAGAAUGGCGUGUUUGCCGUUGACAAGGAGAGAAACGAGCAGGUUGAUAAGCAAGUGGACCAGUUCUUGAAGGAGGGUGGCUGGCUUUGCUUCUACCCAGAAGGCCAGCGCAACAAAAGCCCUGAUGAGCUGCUGCCCUUCCGCUAUGGUGGCAUGAAGAAAGUCAUCGAGUUUGAUGGUCGUUUGAUGUCCUUGAUGUGCUACAAUGUUCAAACUGUUUGGCCCCUCAAAGCUCAGAUGGGAGGCUAUCCAGGUCGGGUCAGGAUGAGUUGCAAGGCUUUGGCACCUGAUGGCGUGAAGGCCCUGCUGAAGCAGCUCCGUGAGUCAGACUUGCCACCGGAAGAGAAAGAGGCGGAAGACCACGUCCUUUUGGCGAAACACUUGCAGCGGACCAUGCAACAACAGUAUGACGAGUUGAAAGCAGCUGCCAUGGAAAGUGCAAAGCCGAAGAAAGCCUGA